AUGUCAGCAGUGGGCGCGGUCGGCGGAACAGCAGUUUUCAAUAGAUCGGACAGUAGUACAAGUGGAAGUGGGUGGGUGAUUCUGAUACACGAAGCUUCAGGAGAGGAGGCUGAGCAACGACGCGGCGCUUCUCAGUCUCACCGGCUGCCGGCGGGUUUCCUGGGCAUGGCCGUUGAUGUCGCGCGAGAGCAGACGAGACCUCAGACAGUCACGUUGACUGUUCGACUCCCAAAGGGAUGCAACAUUAUGGCGGAUCUGUCUGACCCUCAACCAAGCAACGCAAACCCCAAGCCCUAUCGAGAUGUCGAAUAUGGCACCAUCGAUGCGGAGAUUCCCGAUCGCGUAGACUCUGGCGUUGAGGUCAGUCCUAUCGAGCCAGAGUCAGGCUAUGCCCAUCGCCAUCAGUAUCGUGUUCUGCCGCCUAAGAUAUCAGGCCAUGGGCGCUUGAUUGCUGGUCAACGGACGGUGCCUUAUUGCAUCGGUGUCGUCUUCGUGACUGGAGCUUUCGCAUGGGCGGUUUUGUGUGCGACAUACAUCUUUCGGCCUGGACCAAAGUGA